CGCGCUGCUGUAACGCACACACACACAUAUAUAUACUUCGAUGCACGUGGAUAUUAUAUGUAAUCUGACGUCUUUGGAUUCUGUCGGUAGUAACAGGCAGAGUUGCUAAUUCCGUGGACACUAAAACUUCGUAGUGGUGUGUUCAAUUUGCUCUGAUAUAUCUUUUUAAAAUUAUUUACUGUUAUUAUAUAAUAUUCAAAUGUAAUUAAAUUUGAAAAAUAUUUACCACGCAACAGGUUAAGAAUUGGACAUAAUAUUUCUAAAAUAUGUCGCAAUACGAGAAUGAUAUUAUCGAAGACAAAGAUAAUAAUCCUAAUACAUCAGAAGACUUAGGACUUCGUCAUAGAAUACCAUGGAGCGAACGUAUAUUGCUGAACAGCGAAAUUCCAGGUUUGCAUGAAGUUAAGGAAUUAUUAGAAGAUGAUGAUGCCAGCUGUUUGGCAGAGGAAGAGGAUGGGGUUGGAUGUCCCCUUCCAUCUACUCCUGAAGAUGAUCAUCUUUUGGAUUGUGAGAUGACAGAAGUAUUAAAAGCAGGAGUAUUAAGUGAUGAAAUUGAUCUUGGUGCCUUGGCUUAUAAUGCUGCUGAACAAGCUGAGGAAUUUGUUCGUAAGGUCUGGGAAGCAUCUUGGAAGCAAUGCCAUUUUAGAAAUUUACCUCGGUGGUUGCAAGAUAACGAUUUCUUACAUGCUGGUCAUAGACCACCGUUACCAUCAUUUUAUGCUUGCUUCAGAAGUAUUUUCCGCAUUCAUACAGAAACUGGCAACAUCUGGACACAUUUACUUGGUUGUGUGGCAUUUAUUGGCAUAGCUAUCUUUUUCCUAACGCAACCUCCCAUAGAAAUUCAAUUGGAGGAAAAAUUAGUAUUCGGUACCUUCUUUGCAGGUGCUAUCAUUUGUUUGGGAUUGUCAUUUGCCUUUCAUACAGUCCACUGCCACAGCGAAUGUGUAGGGAAAUUAUUUUCCAAAUUAGAUUACUGUGGAAUAGCUAUGCUCAUCAUGGGUAGUUUUGUACCAUGGCUUUAUUACGGUUUUUACUGUGACUACCAACCUAAACUUAUUUAUUUAUCCGUGGUGGUAGUGCUUGGUAUAACAAGUAUUGUAGUAUCAUUGUGGGAAAGAUUUGGUGAACCCAAUUAUAGGCCUCUUAGAGCUGGCAUCUUUAUGGGUUUUGGCCUUAGUGGGGUAAUACCUGCCGUUCAUUAUGCUAUAACAGAAGGCUGGUUCAAAGCAAUUAGUCAAGCAUCACUUGGCUGGUUGAUACUAAUGGGAAGUUUGUAUAUUUUGGGUGCACUAUUUUAUGCAUUAAGAGUACCUGAACGAUUUUUCCCUGGAAAAUUUGAUAUUUGGUUUCAGAGUCAUCAAAUCUUCCACGUAUUAGUAAUUGCUGCUGCUUUUGUUCAUUAUCACGGUAUAACAGAAAUGGCAAUGCAUAGAAUGACAAUAGGCGAUUGUGCGAAUCCAGCUCAGGUGAUAGCAUUUUGAACAUGUAACAAUAUACAAUGAGUAUAUUAUCAAUAUUUUGUCGAAUGUCUUCUCUCUGCAUGACUGUAAUAAGACUAAAAGGAUUCCUAAAGUUAUCACAUAUAAAUUGGUGUAUUAAGGACUUGACCACAAAAAUUUCUUUCGAUAAUUGUAAUGUUAUUAAUAACAUACAAGUAACAUUACAUUUUUAAAUGCAAGUAAAUCAUGUAUUUGGAGCACUUUAAUUUGCAUCAGAUUUAUAUGCUUUUUAUAAUUGGCUAAUUAUAUACAAUUCAGAAUUUAAUAUAUUUUUACACUCAGUCUAAAAAAAAAAUAAUAGUUCAUUGAAAACGCAAGUUACAUUCAACAGUGAAUUAUAUAUAAAACAGUUCUCUAUAGUAAAAAUGCCAUUUUUAUAUUAACCUUUAGCCAGAGUCUUGGUGAUUCAAGUAAAUUCCUUUUUUGAUGACAGAUUCCUUAGAUAUAUAUAUAUAUAAAUCGUAUCCUAUGAUAUAUAUUAAAUCACUGUUUCACAUAGAUAUCUACAAUAGUUAAAAGUCGUGUUUAUAAAUCAAACAGUAUUGUAUCAGAAAAAAAUGUCUAUCGCAAUUACACUACGUCUCCUGCUAAAGGUACAUUUUUAUACAGUCUCAUCUAAAUCCAUUGCAUAAUAAAAUUCUGUGGUCUGCCUUAGAUUCAAUCUUGAACUGUUGAAGAUAAAUACUUGUGAUCUUUACUUAUUAGAUUAAUUAGAUUUUAAUACUAAGAUAUAAGUACAGUGCAAAAAAGGGCUACGGUACAGAAAGUGGCUGUCUAAGCAACAGUAAUUAAAUUCAAUGCGUGAUUGUUUAGUUCAAAUCGUUAAUAAUAACAAUAACAUAAUAAUAAUAAUAAUAAUAAUAACAUAAUAAAAUAAUAAUAAUAUUAAUAAUAUAAUAAUGAAAAUAAGAUUAAUAUUAAUUAUAAAUAUUACAAUGAUAAUAAUUAAACUCUUGUUCAACUUGCUUUUAUACUUUACACAGCCACUUGAGAAAGUUGUAAAAACUAAUGUAAAGUAUAAAAGAAAGUAUAUAAAAAAU